CUUACCAGAAUUUCUUUAAACAAAUGGUUCGAGAAUAGAGGCAGUUUUGCAAGUGACAUUUCAGUGACUUCAGCCAUUCAGCUAGCUCUACUCCUUCUUCCCACGGAACUUCGUUUCCAGAUGCAGGUUUUCUUUGAACAUGCUCAGGAAGUCGUUGCCAAUGCAAAGCGUCAUUUACGACCUGAAACAACUCUGGAAUUCGUUCAGCCCUCUCAGCUGGCCUAUUGGUUCUCAUUUCGUUUCUUCUCACAUUCUCAAAGGGGAUUGAAAAAUUCCGGUCGUGCGCUGCUUGAAUUCUUGCUUUCCCAGCCAAAUCCUCUCGCUCUGUUCAAAACUCCCAAAUCAUGCCUCAAAGAUGGCCUCCUUAUUCUGCCAGUUAACAAGCCUUAUCCUCGGGAAAAGCUUGUCACUUUGUUGGAUGGCGCCCAAAGGCUGUCUCCUGUCGAUUCGGGGAAGGAAUACAAGUUGAAUGGCACAAAUCAUAUGAAAAAUGAGAGAUCAAGAAUUAUCCAACGCUGUCAAUCUUCUUCUCCUGUUUAUCCUUCUACUUCUACUUCGAGUUCAAAGACCAAGUUCUUCUGUAUUGUAAAACGGGAUAUUUUGGUAGUGGUAACUACUGAAAUCAAACGCAGUAAUAUAUAUCAUCUCCAAGGUCGUUAG